AUGUUCUAUCCGAGCACUCUUGGUAUCAAGACGGACAACCAAGCGUACAAAUUCGAGUUCCCUAUGAAGGCUGGCAAAAUUGGCAAGAUCUCCAAAAUUCCAUCCGCUGGCUUCCUGUACGGCAUCUACCACGUUAGAGUCGAAAGCAACGGCGAUAAACGGAUCGAGAAACGCUUUGCAUUCAGUAAGCACGAUCAUUACACUCACACGAGUCUCAACUUCGUAAUGAACGUCUACAACAAGCAUCAUGGCGUUCAAGAAAGCGUUCCCGAAGAACAAACUCAUCAAGCAUCUAGCGAGCUCUACUUGGGGAAUACGAUUAUCAAGAGCGAACACAAGAUCGAUUCGAUGGAUUUUAGCCGGGACGACACUGACGACGAUGCUAAGUACUAUCUCAGAGACCGCAUCAACAAAGCUAAUGGAGAUACGUUCUACAAGCUCGUCGACAAAAGCAAACCUUACUUCAAGCAUCAAUUCCGAAUCAACCCGUUCUUACUCUCAUUGUGUCGUCGCAUCAUGGCCAAUCUUGUGCUGAAGAACGCUGAUCGAGUGAUUCGCAUCGCAACAGAUUCGAUUACUUACAACGGCAGCAUUGAGCUCGAUUCCGGAAGUCAGUUUAUGUUCAUCAAGGAAGACGACAAGAGCAGUCGUGGAGCUACAAUCGUUGGAAACUCAUUGAAGAUGCUCUAG